UCCGCAAUCAAACGAACGUAGUAUUCCAUUGCAGUCAGACAUCUGGCGGCAAUCCGAUCGGAGUAAUAUUUGCAUUCAAAAUGCAACUACAGCGCUUUGUAAUUGCAUUGCUGCUUAUCAGCGUUGGCUGUGACGCAACAUCGGUGCAAAUGGCGAACUUUGUAAAUCGUCGUCAGCAGAAAUUGAUUGAGGGUUCCAUGGACAUCGAUGUGGAUCCAUGUGAAGAUUUCUAUGAAUAUGCCUGUGGCAACUGGGAGGAGUAUACAGAUGGAGCUGGUUAUCAAUUUGCCGAGACCCUGAGUAUGAUGGAUUUUCGAGCAAACCAAGAUUUUAUGGACUACAUGAAUAGACUUCAGAUAUGGAAGGCACCACGUUUCGUAAGAAAGACAUAUGAAUUUUAUCGAUCCUGUCUGGAUGUGGGAAUAUAUAGUCCACAAAGUUAUUUAAAUUGGUUGCUGGAAAAUGAGCAACUGAAAAUGCCUUCCUUGUUUCCGGCGGAGAAGAAUGAGGAACUAUAUGAUUGGAUAUCCAUAUUGGCCACUAUGUAUAAAUAUGGCAUGAAUGGUAUAUUUCUGGAGCUAACUGCAUUUUAUCCCAAAGAAAAUCCCUCACAGCUGACAAUCGAUUUGGACAAACCUCUACAGGCGGAAGAAGGUUUGGGUUUUAUUCCCCUGACUCAAAAGAAUUUGAAAGACAUAAUACGUUCUAUAGAUGGUGUCAUGACCUCUGGGGAAUUUUUACAACUGUGGAGUGAUGUGAGUAAAUUCGAGCAAAGGUUAUUGCAAUUAAAGGAAGAACUUGUGGAUCUAAAUGAGAGCGAAAAAAUAGAACUCAAAAAAUUGCCCUUAGAAUGGCUGGAGAAGUAUUUGCGUACAGCCUUAAAUCAAACCAUAACCGAUAGCCAAAUAGAGUUGUAUAUUCAAAAUGUACCCUACUUGAGGGCCCUGGAUGAAUACCUGAAGAACCAUGAGAGCGUCUUCAUAGCUCAAUAUUUAGAAAUACGUUUCGUGUGGUACAUGCGCCGACAAAGGCCACCCAUAUUUACUCCAGAAGGUUGUAUUGUUCCCACCCGCGGUCACCUAUCGUUGGCCAUGCACUGGAUCUAUGAACAACAAAAACCCCACAUUGCAGAGGUAGUGCCGGAAAUUCAAAAGAUUUUUGAAAAUAUUAUUAAAACUUUCAAAAGCCAUCUUCAAAAAAAUGAGAACGCCUUUAAUGCCUCCACUCUACAAUUUUUGCUCUCGAAACUGGAUAAGUUACAACUGAAGGUUGGCAAUCUACCACGUUGGAAUACCACAGACAUAUUAGAGGAUUAUUACCAUGGGCUAAAUAUUUCACGCACAGAUUUCUAUGGCAAUCACUUGAAAUUAUUGGCCUUCCACGUGACCAACCGCAAGCUGUUCUAUACGACUACAAAUUCCUCCAACUAUUAUCACAUGGAGGAAUAUGAAACGGCGGCAAGUCCCUCACCAUACUACAUACACAAGGCCAAUAUGGUCAUGCUGCCCAGCACCGCCAUACAACGACCCCUGUAUCAUGACGGCCAUGAGGAUGUCUAUAAAUACAGUUCCCUGGGUUUUCUGCUCUCCCAUGAAAUGCUACAUGCCUUCGACAUCAAUGGCCUAGAGGUGGAUGGUAAUGGCAAACUGAAUUCCACACCCUACCUCGAUAUGUUGUCCAAUUCGAAAUUUAAGCAUCAAUUGCAGUGUCUACGUCAACUAAAUCCCUUGGUCAUUAAUGAAAAGAUUUCCGAUGUCAGUGGCCUACAAUAUGCCUAUGAAACCUUUUUCAGCAUCCAUCCAGAUAUGGGGGAGCGGGAGCAAAAACGUCUACUCCAUGGCAAUGAAAUGUCCUUGGGAAAGUUAUUUUUCUUAAAUUUUGCCCAAUUCUUUUGUGGUUCGACUUCGUCGUUCUACUAUGUGAACAUCGAGGAACAUGGCAGUGAUCGGGACAGGGUAAAUGAUGCAGUUAAACAUUUUCCAGAAUUUGCUAAGGUGUUCAAUUGCAGUGCAUCAAAUCGAAUGCGCGUCAAUCAGACGUGUAACUUGUGGCGAAGGUAGAAAAGAAGUGAGAGAGGGAGAGAUAAUAAUAGAUAAUAA